CGGUUUUAUCCCCGCCCCGAUCAUGACCUUCCCAGCGGAAUCGUCUCUGACAUCCCGACUGCUUCUUCUCCCUCUUCCCCGGCGGCUCACAUGGAACGGAUGGAGCAGAUAAUGAGCCGACUCAUGAAGCCUAACCCGGCUCCGACCCGACCUACCCCUGCAUCGUUUCCGCUCUUACCUGCUCCACCUGCUCCAGGAUUUGCCCCUCAGUUUCCCCUUCUAGCUAAUCCGGCAGGAAAGAUCGAGUGUUUCAACUGCAAACAGCCCGGGCAUUUCGCCCGAGACUAUCCGCAGCCAAAACGUAAUCAGCCUCCCCCUGCUGCGGCCCCAGUCGCCCUUAAUGAAGGACGAGUGACCGCGCUGAUGGACACGGACCAGGGAGGAGAGGCUGUAGCAUACGCUCCAGAACAGCCUUCCCCUUCGACGACAAUGGCGUCGACAUCAGGAGCCUCUUCCUCUGACGCUGUUGACGUGGUCGAUCCCCUCGAGUAUCUCCAUCUUGCCGGAAUGAUCAGAGCAAUCCGAUCGGCCCAAGAUGAUCUCGAAUGGGUCAAUCGCGAGUCCAAUCCUGGACCACAGUUUCGGACAGGGGAUAUUGAUGUACUGAAAACGCUCAAGCAACUAGACAUUCGCGUGCCCAUCCCAGUGGGACAUCUGCUCACCAUAUCUGAAACAGCGAACGAUAAACUGUUACAACAUUGUCAGAAAAAUCAAAAGCGCUUCACCUAUCAACGCGUACAACGGAUGUUGAAGAAGAAGGAAGAAGGUUUCAAGGUAGCGCUUGAGAAGUGUCAGGUUUUCCUCACCACCAUUUCUUUCCUGGGGCACGUGGUGACAGACAAGGGGCUCCAACCAGAGCCGCAAAAGGUGGCAACUGUCAGGGACGUGCCAGUGCCUAUCACUAUCAUGCAAGUUCGUGCCUUUCUGGGCCUAGCCUCGUAUUGCCGAAGAUUUAUCAAGGGCUUCGCGGUGAUUGCGGGACCCCUCACAAAUCUCCUGCGCAAGGAUCAGCCGUUGAUCUGGACGCCGAAGUGCGAUCAAACGUUUUUCAAACUCAAAGCUGCUCUCAUUUCGGCUCCGGUCCUUAUAAGACCGGAUCCCGAAAAGCCUUUUGUUCUCAUCACUGACUGGCAGCCAGAGGCGAUUUUGGCGAUCCUUGCCCAGGUGGGACCGAGCGGACUCGAGAGUGUAGUGGAGUAUGCGUCCAAAUCAGUGCCCGCCUGCAAGCGCAAUUACGCCACUCCAACGGGUGAAUGCUAUGCGGCUCUCAGGGGAAUCAGUCACUUCCGUGCUUACCUGUACGGGCGAAAAUUCACCCUGGUGACUGAUCAUGAGCCCCUGUUGGCUCUGAAGAAGUCGAAGGAUUAUUCGGGCAUGAUCGGGCGAUGGGCAACGGUGCUGCAGAGCAUGGACUUUGACAUUCGUCAUCGGAAGCACGAGAGACACGGGAAUGCGGACGGACUGACACGACGGCACCGGCCUGAGAAGGUUCCAAAGGGUGAGGAGAUAAUUCCGUGGAACGAACCCGAACGGGAGAUCGGACCUCGGUACGGCUAAGUGGAGAUCUUAUCGAAGCAGUAAGUGACACGAGGACUAGUUGUUCUGUUCUGAUCUCCCUGCAUCCCCUCCUCCUCUGCCAUCAUGACUACCCCACUCGCUUCUGCAACCCCUUCUUCUCCUACCGACUCUACCCCUCUCACUUCCUCGGCCUUCUUCGCCACCCUUCCUGAUAAAUUCUGCUAUUUUUG